GGGGGGGGAGACACCUUUUUCCUUUGCGGGAAAACUCGCACGGGCAGGUCGAGAAGAAACAUUUUAAGGUCACCGCGGAGGAAACUCGGAUGAGAGCAGCAACCAGUCCAGAAGACAUAAAUAUAGAUAUAUUCCAGAUAGGAUCGAUCGAUUUAUUUAUUAAAGAGCGCAAGCUCUUCUUCAUCCACCCCAUCUUUCAUCCACACACUCCAACCCCACCCCCUCGCUGCAAGAGCCACUCGCGAUCCCGAUCUGGGGGUCCUCGCCCAGCAGAGGGCUCCCCUUCCUGCUGCCAGCCGUCCGAGCUGCGCCCUUCUCUGCCGCCGCCGCCGCUCGGCAGCCCCGCACCGAGAGAGGCGGAGUUUCCUGAGUCAGCCGCCGCUGCACAUCCGGAUUAAGCUGAAGCGGCGGCUGCUGCUGCUUCUCCUCCUCCUUUACCCCCCCCACCCCACAACACGCAGCAGGGACGACCCCCCCCCCCGGCCGAUCUGCAAACUUGCCGGAGCCGCGCUGCAGGUGACCAAAGGCGAGGAUCCCCGCGGAGAGGUGAGGGAGGGGCUGCGCGCGGGAUCGAGGCCUGGAGGGAUUGCCGACUAAUUGGCCCUGAUCCCUCCUCCCCCCCGCUCAUUUUUUUGUUUCAUGGUGGGGGGUGGGAGGGAAGGGAUGGCGAAGCAAAGCCCUUCUGCCGGUUGAGGGGUGGGGAGCCCUUUAAAGGGGAGGAGGGGGGAGCGAUUAAGCCUCGGCCCAUUUUGCUGCAGGGGGUGGGUGGGACUGGGAACAAGGGCGAGCGCCAAAUUGGCCGCCGGGGGCGGGGGAGGGAGAGAAAAGGAGACUUUAUUAUUUUUUCCACCUCCUUAGAAGAUCAAUGGCCAAAUCGAAUUGGGCUCCUGCGUCCUCCUGCAGUGGAAUCGGAGCAAGCAGUUUCCCAUCUGUCCCUAUAGAUUUCGGGGGUUAAGGCCCGGAUUUAGUUUUCUGGGUAGCCUCGUAAGCGUGUUGCAGCACGCACAAAAGUUUUAAUUUGCAAGCAAUCCGGGUUUUCUUUUUUCUUUUUCGUGGUAGCCGAGCGCGUUCAGUUCAUCCCCAUGCCGAAACUCCUAGCCCUUUCUUGUGGGUUACUUUAAUAUGGGGGCGGGGGGGGGGGUAAAUAAAACAGCGUCCCUGCCCGCUUUUGUACCAGAAGUUACGCCCACCUUUGUCAUGUUAAGUAUUCUUGCUUGGAAUCUAGUCUUCGCAAUGCUACUGCUUCCAAUAAUUAUUAGUAAUUCUUACAAGAUUUUUGAAAAAGAGAUUUCUUACAUGGCCUUGGGAGUUAAGCUCUCAGGGGCCCUUAGGGUAUGAGCACAGCAAUUUGAAAUCUCAGAAAUUAACCAGUAUCACAUACUGCUGUAUUUAUGCUUAUUGCAAUAUUAUAUUUGCACUUGUAUGUGUUUUUAAAAGUUGCAGAGAGUGAUCCCUGAGAUGCUGCAGGAUAGCUCACUUCCAACAAUAAAGUUCUUAUUAUUCUAUGUUCUGAAGUGGCCAAGUUUGCCUUCUGCUAAAGCGUUAACAGAAGAAAUGGGCAAAGUAUGAAAACAUGCAAACUUUUUUUAAAAAAACCCAUUAUUGGAAAAAGCCUUAUUAGAAGAUGAAUUGGAAGAACAGAAAUGGUAUUAGCAUUGGGUAAAAUAUGGAGGCAAAUUUCCAGUUAUUCUAGUCCAGGAUUUCCCAAACUUGGGUCUGCAGUUGUUGUUGGACUAUAAUUCCCAUCAUCCCUAACCACUGUUCCUGCUAUCUACGGAUGAUGGGAGUUGUAGUCUACAACAGUUGGAGAGCCAGGUUUAGAUGAGCAAGGGCAUUAACCCCCUGGAUGUUUUUGGGCUUCCAGCUCCUAUCUGCCCUAGCCAACCUAGGCCAGGGUUGAUGGGAGUUGUAGUUCAGCAACAUAUGGUGCACGACCAGUUAGCUACUCCUGCUCAACAGUCUAGUAUGUUGUGUCAAAAUCCACAAAAAUGUGCUUGAUUAUGCCCCAAGCUUUCCUGGAUGAGAGCCUGUUUUAUCAAAUGAUGCCUCCGAUGUAGUGAUUUCUGGUUCAUAAAUGCUCAUGCCUUGCUAAAGCAAACAAAUUAUGAACAAAGAACUUGCAGCACCUUGGACGAUAUUAUUAUAAAUAAGGCUUGCACAGAUUUCUCCGUUUUUAAUCUGCUUUUGAACCCUUGCAGUGUAGGACAUAGCACCGUUUGGACUUUAUGCCUUGAGUUGCCCUAAAUAUCUCGAGCUGGACUUCUGAACUGCAUAAGGCAGCGUUUGCCAACCUGGCGCCCUCCAGCUGUCUUAGACCACAUCUCUCAUCAGCUCCAGCCAACUGGGAGUUGUAGUUCAAAACUCCUGAAGGGAGCCAGUUUGGAGGCAGGGUGGAAUCUCUUUAACAUGAGGCAUCACAGUUUCUGGUUUCCCACCCCCUUUUUUAAUUUGUGUUUUUAUUUUAUUUAAAAAAAAAGCAUUCCCUCCCAAUCUUGGGAGAGCUAAACUGCAACUGGUCUCACACACCCUGUUUGUAGACUCUUUACCUGACUAACCAAUAGCAGAUUGCACAAGAAAUUAGCAAUCCAAAUAAGUAUUGCCGCUGUGCAAAUAAACAUGCUCUGGAUUGGGUAAUAGUUUGUGUGUGGCUCUCCAACUCUUUAUCUGUUCUUAUUUUUUCCUCUGCCUUUUGAUAUCCCACCCUUUUGUAUAUAUCAAAUUAAAAUCAGCAAGAGGUCAGCUUUCAAAUGUGCUGGGAGAGUUAUUAUACCCACAGGGAGUUAGAAUCCGUCAGCGAUAUUCAUCAGCGAGGUGCUGUUGAUGAUAAAUAUUCCUCGUUUCUUCCAAGGGGCUGAGGGUGGAGUUUAUGGUCUCUUUUCCCCUUCCACCUCUUCAUACCAACCCUAGCUGAGGAGAGUGAGCUCAUACUUUGGGUUCCAAGCUGGGGUUCAAGCCUAAAUCACGCGCUCUCCAGUUGCUGUGACUGGCCUGGUGCACUGAAUGCUAAGCUUGGGUGUGGGAGCUGUGGGUUCAAAUCUCUGCUCAGCUGGGAAGCUCCCUGAUUGGUUUGGGACGUAGCCAAUCACAGCCUGCGUAAGCAGCGGAAGGGAACCUUCUAGACCGGCAAUAGGGAACCUGCGGUCUUCUAUAUCUAUCGUUGGGACUCCCAGCAGCCCCUGUCAGGGUGGCCAAGGGUCCAGGGAUGAUGGGAAUUGUAGUCCCCAUCAGCACCUGACACACCACAGAUUCCCACACACCCCUGUAUUAAGAGCAGGCAUAGGCAAACUCCGGCCCGCCAGAUGUUUUGAGACUACAAUUCCCGUCACCCCGACCACUGGUCCUGUUAGCUAGGGAUGAUGGGAAUUGUAGUUCCAAAACAUCUGGAGGGCCAGAGUUUGUCUGUGCCUGAUUGAGAGGAUCAAACCAUCCGCUUCCGGGUCUGCAAAACAACAGGGUCCUGUCAUGCAGCUAGAAGAUUCCUAUAUAUGGCAGGUUUUUUGGGUCCUGAGGGGAUGGAGAAUGUCAAACUGCACUGACCUUGAACGGGAGAAGGUCCAGAAUUUGUGACCCUGAAGGCCCCAAUGAGCUUUAAAAAUGGAAUUUAAAAAUUCACAUUACCUCUGGAGUUGGAAGGCGAAAUAAGCAAGACUUGGGAUGGCUUUUAUUACUUGAAGAGAGCUGCAGAAAUUCCUAUGCAAAAGCCUCAGUGCAGAGAAUAUGAGCAGAUUAAAGGUUUAGCCAGACACCGUUUUGGGGAAGAAACUCGGUGGCCCCACCUUUGUGGAAUUGGACAGGAUUUUCUGAGACCUUUUCCGCUCCCUGUAGAACCACAAUCUCCAGGGUUUCUUGUUGGGAGGGGGGGGGCAUGGCUGUUGAAUUAGUAUAAGCCCAGUAGUGUAAACAUCCUUAAAGAGCAGUGAAGCCUGUUCUGUAUUGAAUCUGGCCGCCAUGGAAACCAGGAAUAGUCCAAUGAGAUGGAUGCCUGCAAAAGGGCUGGAGCUUUGCAAGCGCUUCAACAAUGGGGCAUGGGCAGUGGGCGGCAUUUUAAAUGUAGUAGAAAUUUUCUCUGGGUAUUAAGUGGGGCAGCUUGGUGUUUCCACCCCCUUUCCUGCCCCAAUCAGACUCACAAACGGUGCUGCUAUGUUGCAUUCGGCUACUUAAGGGUUUUUGUUUCUUAAAAAAUAAAUAAAUAAUUGAAUGUUUUGCACGCUGCGUUUCCCACGGUGGAGCUGAGUUCCAAAAGCCUCCCAAGAAAACAAGCCAUUAUAAUUUAAAAAAUAAAACAAAACAGCAUCUCCUAAUACAGUGGUACCUCGGGUUACAUACGCUUCAGGUUACAUACGCUUCAGGUUACAGACUCCGCUAACCCAGAAAUAGUGCUUCAGGUUAAGAACUUUGCUUCAGGAUGAGAACAGAAAUCGGGCUCUGGAGGCUCGGCAGCAGCAGGAGGUCCCUUAGCUAAAGUGGUGCUUCAGGUUAAGAACAGUUUCAGGUUAAGUACGGACCCCCGGAACGAAUUAAGUACUUAACCUGAGGUACCACUGUACAAGAGAAAGAUGCCCUCGUGGAAGCACAGUAAAGGAAUCUGAAUAGCAAAAACACAAAUCCAAGUUGGUCACAUUGGGAUGUGUGUCGGGAAUGCCAAUGGAAAGAACGUCCAGUGAACCACCCCAAAUGCUUCCUUUACGGGUGAGAGAAAGGAGGAGGUCCUAAAAACAGGCUCUCAGCUUAGGGGGCCAGCAGCCUCUUUUCUCACCCACUGCAGCCAGCUAAGCACCAGGCGAAACGCACCCCACCCCACUGUCUGGGGUUAUUGGGCAAGAUCCACAGGAACAGGACUCUCUCACCCUGGAGAAUGAAACUACAGCGGUAUCUCGGGUUACAGAUGCUUCAGGUUAUAGACUCCGCUAACCCAGAAAUAUUACCUCAGGUUAAGAACUUUGCUUCAGGAUAAGAACAGAAAUUGUGCUCCUGUGGCGUGACAGCAGCAGGAAGCCCCAUUAGCUAAAGUGGUGCUUCAGAUUAAGAACAGUUUCAGGUUAAGAACGGACCUCCAGAACGAAUUAAGUACUUAACCCGAGGUACCACUGUAUCCCCUUCUCCCUCUGCUGAUGCCCCCCCCCCACAGUAUUUCGCUUCAGGCUGAGGGAGCCGACGUCUGUCCACAGUUUCAAACAUAGCACCCAUGCCCCCACCGUCCUUAGAAAACCACUUAAUCCUGAUUUGAUUUGGAGGUGUUCGGUGUGAAGAAACAGUUGCAAAAACUUUUUUUUUCGCAAUCUGAAUGUUAAAUCAGAAUCUGUCAAGGUGUAUCUUCCUGGCAUAAGUUGGGUACAGUGGCUGGUGGCAUGUGAAGAGCCUUUCUUGCUGGAAGUUUCCUUCCCUUUGGACGUUUAGAGAAGUUUGAAAAAAUCAAAGCCCUGAUAGAUUGCAAUGUGAGACGGGGCCUUUUCUGCAGUGGCACCCUCAGCUGUGAAAUUGCCUUUCAGAAGGAAAGGCGGCUAGAGCCACAUCCCUCAGCGCUGUAUAGACAGGCGGUGAAAACAGCCUUCUUCAGCAUGGCUGUUCGAUGGUUUGCUUUGCUCCUUUGAAGCCUCGAGGCUUUGAUUUUUGUUAAAAGUGUGCGUUUUCCAGUUUAGUUUUUGCUACUUUAUGCAAACCUCAUUGAGGUUGGAAACUGCUAUAAGAAAGCUUAAUAAAUAAAUAAAUUGGGUUGUAGCCCAUGCUAGCCCUACUCAGAGUAGAUCCACUGAACCAUCAACUUGCAUUAAUUAAUUCCAGUGGGUCUACUCUGAGUAGGACUCAGUUGGAUCCCACUUGUGUGGAGGUUGCGGGGGGGUGGGAGAGAUCCCACGGGCCUAUGCUGUGUUAGAGACUGGGGGUUUUUUGGCUUCCACUCUUGGAAUUCUGGCUGUGGCUGAGUUUGUAGAGCAUAUUUAUACAGAUCAUAGAAUCACAGAAUUGUAGAGUUGGAAGGGACCCUGAGGGUCAUCCAGUCCAACCCCCUGCGAUGCAGGAAUCUCAGCGAAAGCAUCAAUGGCAGAUGUGUAUGUGUGUUUAUUUUUGUAAAGGUCCUACUUCCAGACAUUGCAAUUAAGGUGUGCCGGAGUACCCAUUUGCCAGAUUCCAGCUUUUCCAUUUGGUGUAAAAACACCUUAAUUUGGUCCUUUCCUGGGCCUCUCAGAAUAACAGUUGUAUGUACGCAUAUAACACUUCUUAUCAUGCCUGUGAAAGAAGACAGGGAGUAUAUUUAAAACCCAGCACACCUGCAGAGGUUGCGACACUGUGUACUGAAUCUGGUGGAAAGGGCUUUAACCAGGCUGUCUCCUCUUGUCCAUUAACCUGCUGUUGGCUGGUGAUUUUAUGAGCAAAGAAACCUGUUGCUUCUCCUCCUAAUGUUCUCUAAGGCAUAGCAGGGGGCCGAUGGGGGGAGAGACCUGUGGUCCUCUGAAUGGAUGCCUUUGGACUCCCAAGUCCAGCCCCCAGCCAGCACGGCCAGCAGUCUGAGAUGAUGGGAGAUGUUGUUCAGUGGUCUCCAGAAGGUCGCAGCUAAGCCACCCCUAAGUAGUAACAGUAAAGGGACCCCUGACCAUUAGGUCCAGUCGUGGCCGACUCUGGGGUUGCGGCGCUCAUCUCGCUUUAUUGGCCGAGGGAGCCAGCGUACAGCUUCCGGGUCAUGUGGCCAGCAUGACUAAGCCGCUCUGGCGAACCAGAGCAGCGCACGGAAAUGCCGUUUACCUUCCCGCCGGAGCGGUACCUAUUUAUCUACUUGCACUUUGACGUGCUUUCGAACGGCUAGGUUGGCAGGAGCAGGGACUGAGCAACGGGAGCUCACCCUGUCAUGGGGAUUUGAACCGCCGGCCUUCUGAUCGGCAAGUCCUAGGCUGUGUGGUUUCACCCACAGCGCCACCCGCGUCCCCCCCAAGUAGUACAUUCCAAUAAAAUCAUAGAAUCAUAGAGUUGGAAGAGACCACAAGGGCCAUCGAGUCUAACCCCCUGCCAAGCAGGAAACACCAUCAGAGCACUCCUGACAUAUGGCUGUCAAGCCUCUGCUUAAAGACCUCCAAAGAAGGAGACUCCACCACACUCCUUGGCAGCAAAUUCCACUGUUGAACAGCUCUUACUGUCAGGAAGUUCUUCCUAAUGUUUAGGUGGAAUCUUCUUUCUUGUAGUUUGGAUCCAUUGCUCCGUGUCCGCUUCUCUGGAGCAGCAGAAAACAACCUUUCUCCCUCCUCUAUGUGACAUCCUUUUAUAUAUUUGAACAUGGCUAUCAUAUCACCCCUUAACCUCCUCUUCUCCAGGCUAAACAUGCCCAGCUCCCUUAGCCGUUCCUCAUAAGGCAUCGUUUCCAGGCCUUUGACCAUUUUGGUUGCUCUCCUCUGGACACGUUCCAGUUUGUCAGUGUCCUUCUUGAACUGUGGUGCCCAGAACUGGACACAGUACUCCAGGUGAGGUCUGACCAGAGCAGAAUACAGUGGCACUAUUACUUCCCUUGAUCUAGAUGCUAUACUCCUAUUGAUGCAGCCCAGAAUUGCAUUGGCUUUUUUAGCUGCCGCGUCACACUGUUGGCUCAUGUCAAGUUUGUGGUCAACCAAGACUCCUAGAUCCUUUUAACAUGUACUGCUCUCAAGCCAGGUGUCCCGCAUCUUGUAUUUGUGCCUCUCAUUUUUUUUGCCCAAGUGCAAUACUUUACAUUUCUCCCUGUUAAAAUUCAUCUUGUUUGUUUUUGGAGGCAGAUGUUGAAUGGGUUUCAUUUGUUGUUGGUAGGUGCUGCUGGAUUCCUGAGAACUCAUUCUGCCAUGGAGCCAUGGGUGUAUCUGGACCCGCGACAGAGGGCACUAUAUCGAGAUGUCAUGCAGGAGAGCUACGAGACACUGAUGUCUCUUGGUAAGAAUCCCAUUUACCUUCCGCUUUGUAUCGGUUCUCCUCUUCCAUUCAUACUUGGUUUUGCUCCUCUUUUUUGUGUGUGCACGCUAUAUUCACUGAUAACAUUUGCAGGGAAGCGGUGUUCUUUGUUCUGAAAAAAAGGUGAGGGGGGAAGCAGUGUGAAUUUCCCAGAAAGGGAGAAAAAAACCCACGAGAGACCCUCAGACUCCUUAUUCUUAGAUGAGAAUGGCCUGAGAGAUUCGGAGACUCAUAGCAGAGGCAAGAUCUCAUAUGUGCUGUCAGCUGCCCAGAGUGGCUGGGGAAACCCAGCCAGAUGGGUGGGGUGUAAAUAAAAUUAUUAUUAUUAUUAUUAUUAUUAUCAUCAUCAUCAUCAUCAUUAGGAAGCAGAAAUGUACCAGGUUACAGUUUAUAGUCACAGUUGCACGCAUUUUAAAUUCCCGGGGAGCAAAUGAAGAACUUGGCUGGGAAAAAGACACACAGCUUUCCCACCUCAAGGAGCAAAUGGGGUACAAGCACAACAUUUCAGAUAGUGAGGUUCCGACAACAGUUUUCUAGGCACCCAGCUCACCGUUUGACAGGAGCUCCUCUCGUCUUGCCUAGGGAACCUCUUGGUUUAGCAUUACGGUGGUACCUCGGGUUACAGACGCUUCAGGUUACAGAUUCUGCUAACCCAGAAAUAGGACCUCAGGUUAAGAAAUUUGCUUCAGGAUGAGAACAGAAAUGGCGCGGCGGCAGCAGGAGGCCCCAUUAGCUAAAGUGGUACCUCAGGUUAAGAACAGUUUCAGGUUAAGAACGGACCUCCAGAACGAAUUAAGUUCUUAACCCGAGGUACCACUGUACGUGCAACAUUCCUCCCUAGGGAAUAACAUUCCAAAUAGGCAGGUCCGAAACCUGUCAAACAGGCCGCAUAAGCCCAGACGUGUGUGCUUAGUCCCUGCACAACAACUCUCGCUUGCUUUGAUGCAAUGUGCUGGACGUGAGGCGUACGAGGGCUUCAGUCAAACCUCUCCCCUGGCUGCUGUGCCCGACUUGAACAGGGAGUUCAAAAGCUACUCUGUGCCGGGGGGGGGGGGAGAGUCCAAUUCUCCCCCUCAUGCAGUUCUUUCGCUUAAUUCCCAGAGUUAAUUUUGUUGUUGUUUACUCGUGUCCGACUCUUUGUGACCCACUGGACCAGAGCACGCCAGGCACUCCUGUCUUCCACUGCCUCCCGCAGUUUGGUCAAACUCAUGUUUGUAGCUUCGAGAACACUGUCCAACCAUCUCAUCCUCUGUCGUCCCCUUCUCCUUGUGCCCUCCAUGUUUCCCAACAUCAGGGUCUUUUCCAGGGAAUCUUCUCUUCUCAUGAGGUGGCCAAAGUACUGGAGCCUCAGCUUCAGGAUCUGUCCUUCCAGUGAGCACUCAGGGCUGAUUUCUUUAAGAAUGGAUAGGUUUGAUCUUCUUGCAGUCCAUGGGACUCCUGAGUGAAAAAUGACCUCCGUAAUGACCUCAGAAGGAUGGACCUUGGCUCCCCGCGCCCCGAGGCUGGCUUCCAUACCUCACCUGUGUAAUAAACGUAAAUCUGCCCUUAUUCCCUUAUGGGGGACACAAGAGCCCUUAUAGAGUCCUUUGCAGGUUCUCCAUCGGUAGGAGAGAAUAACUGAGGCCAACCAGAGAAUAUUGAGAAGCAAAGCAGCUAGUAAGCCUGAUCUUUAUUGAACUGUUGCAACAGGGUGCCCCCUUCACACGCAGGAGAAGGAGGAGGACCCCAAACAAAGGUGUGCCCGCCCUUAUAUAGACAUUUUAAAUUGCCCGCCUUGGAGUCCAAGACCACCCUCCGGAUACAUCACACCUACAUCACAGAAAGGGCGGCCUACAACAGAAAUCUGAGUGCUUUGUUUACCUCCUGUCUGGCAGAUUACCUCCACAGAUGGAGAACCUGCAAAGGACUCUAUAAGGGCUCUUGUGUCCCCCAUAAGGGAAUAAAGGCAGAUUUACGUUUAUUACACCUGUUCCAGAACACCCAAGACAACCCGUGUCAGGUUUGCAAUCCCAUACAACACUCAUGGAAGAUGCUCCAUGGAUGGUGUGGAAGUAUGGAUAGGGGUGGGGUGGAGUCGCUCAGCGCCUCGGCUUUUAUCCCCCUUCUGGGUCUGCUUGUGCAGAAGCAAGUUCCGCUUUUGUGCAGCUCACUUUUUGUAAGGACCAAUUGCACCUGCAGGCCAAGCAAGAAGCUGCUGUGAGAUCCGUAGGACUCUUUUAAGAUGGAUGUUGUCUUGUGUGAAAUGUACGGUGCUCCAGUGCUAACAUUUGAGAAGACAGAAUCCUAGGUAGGAAAAGGCCUGCUCAUUAAACUUGGAAACCCUGGCUACACAUUCUGUAUCAUCCAUAGGUUUAGGAAACAGGUUUCCAGAAUAUAAUAUAAUAUACAGUGGUACCUCGGGUUAAGAACUUAAUUCGUUCUGGAGGUCCGUUCUUAACCUGAAACUGUUCUUAACCUGAAGCACCACUUUAGCUAAUGGGGCCUCCUGCUGCUGCCGUGCCGCUGCUGUGCAAUUUCUGUUCUCAUCCUGAAGCAAAGUACUUAACCCGAGGUCCUGUUUCUGGGUUAGCAGAGUCUGUAACCUGAAGCGUCUGUAACCCGAGGUACCACUGUAUUAGCAUUAUUAGCACCCCACCCAUCUGACUGUGUUGCCCCAGCUACUCUGGGCGGCUUCCAACACAUAUAAAAGCAUCAUCAAACAUUAAACAUUAAAAAUUUAACUGCACUAUCUAAGCCAGCCUUUCUCAAGCUCGGGUCCCCAGAUGUUUUUUUUGAAAUACAACUCCCAUCAUCCCUGACUGCUGGCCAUUUUGGCUGGGAAUGAUGGGAGUUGUGGUCCAGCAACAUUCAGGAAUGCAAGGUUGAGAAAGACUGAUCUAAAGGGUUAUAACCCAAUAAAAAUUGAAGAGGCCUCUCUUUCUGUUCAGCAUUAAACAAAGCACUUUUUACUCACUUGGCAUAACACAGAACCUCUUCACUGGGCAUGUAAACUUGGGGAAAAGUACCCUAUACUUUCUGCAACCCUUUAAGGAAGCAGCUUUCUCUGGCCAUCAAGGCUUCCAUAGCACCUGGAACCAAUUUGUCUGCUGCUUCCACAACAGUGCUGAGAAAUCAAGCGCAGGUUCUUCCUUGAGCUCCUGUUACUAUUCUUGCCACUUGACGAUCCAUCGAGCUUUCUUUUCUAAUAAGAUACUGGCCAUUUAAUGCCUUUGUUUCCCAGCUCUUUCCCCCAUUUUCUGCCUGUGGAUCACCUGCAUCCCUGCUGUUAUCCACAGAGAUCUGGAGACAGUUUGCAUUUCCUUUACCUUGGGGGCAUGGGGGUCGGAGGGUCCUGCAGGGUAAGAGAAAGGAGCCUGCGUUUGUCUUAAAGAGUCCUUUAAGCACCUUAGCUUAAAUGUGCCCCAGGAGAUGCUCUUUAAAGACCCCACCCACAAAGAGAGUGAGUGCCCUUUCCAGCCAAUAAAUUGCCCUUCUCCCUCCCUCAGCUGCCUCCCUGAGAGGAGAGAGGCAGGCUGCUUCAAUGGAAGCAAGGAACACAGGGGCUGAGAUUCCGGUUUUCUUCUUCCCUGUUCUUCCUGGUGAGUAUUUAUUUUUUGGAAUUGGGUAUCCUUUUGCCAGGUGUGUUCUUUAGCAGGUUCCUGUUUUGCCGUCAUCUCCUAUUUCCUAUGCCCACCCUCCUCACUCUUGCCCCUUUUCCCACGCUGCCAGAGUCCCAAUUUCCUACAGCCUCGCAUGUUUCAUCUUCAUAAGAAGCUAAGGUGAGCUGUGCUGGAUCCCAUCUUGUCCAACAUCCUGUUCUAACAUGGGCCAACCAGAUGCUUCCUUUUCUUUUAGUCCCUGGAGGAUAGAUACCAUUUUGGGCCACAUUUGCACUGCACCUUCUGGGAGCUGUAGUUUGUGAAGGGUGCUGGGAGCUGUUAAAAGAAACCCCUAUUCCCCUCCCAGUGCUAUAAUUCCCAGAGUGGUUUAGCAGGCAACCCAUCCUCCCAGGGAACUCUGGGAAUUAUCGUUCUGUGAAGAGAAUAGUGCCCCCGCAACAACUCUCGGCACCCUUAGCAAACUACAGUUCCUGGAAUCAUUGGGGUGGGGGGAGCCACACCUGUUUAAAGCAGUAUUAUAGUGCUUUAAAUAUAUGGAGCGACUGUGGCUUUAAUUACCCUCCCAUGGACUUUUGUGCUAUCUCAGAAGGCCUUCUCGGUAGUGGCGCCCGCCCUGUGGAACGCCCUCCCACCAGAUGUCAAAGAGAACAACAACUACCAAACAUUGAGAAGACAUCUGAAGGCAGCCCUGUUUAGGGAAGCUUUUAAUGUUUGAUGGAUUACUGCAUUUUAAUAUUUGGUUGGAAGCCGCCCAGAGUGGCUGGGGAAGCCCAGCCAGAUGGGCGGGGUAUAAAUAAUAAAUUAUUAUUAAUUAUUAUUAUUAUUAUCUCUUUCACCCCAUUUCUUCCUACACCCUAAAGCUCCUUUCUUGGUCACCUUGACCCUACUCAGUCCCCUUCGCUUUUGCUUUUCAUGUGCUGCAAGAUUCCUGUCUCUUCUGAGUCCCCUGCCCUUAUAUUUGUCCAGAGUUCCAGAACUACUCUAUGCCAGUCUUUGCAUCCCAGACAUUUUGUGUGUGGAGUUUGUGUGUCUGUUCCUUGAUGCAGAUCAGCUGUGGGCUGCUUUUGGCCCUCCAGAUGUUGCUCAACUACAACUCCCACUACGCUUGGCCUGAGUCAGGUUUGCUGGGGCUGAUGGGAGUUGUAGUUGAGCAACAUCUGGCGGGCCAACGCUUCCCCCACAACUGAUAGUGAUGGUUGAUGGUGAUGAUUCUGUUUUUAAUGCAGUGGGACGGGGAAAGAUGUUCUGCAUACAUUUUGCAAACCGCUCUCAGGUUUUUUUUAACCAUCAUAUAGACCUGAAAUGAGAUAAAUAAAAUUACUAUUAUAUGGCACAGCUAUAGCACUUCCUAUGUUGGAGAGCUCUGGACUUAACCACCUUUUCUGUUUUCUUAUCACAUAUGCCCAUCCCUUUCUUCCUGUUGUUAUUAAAGGACCUGUAAUGCAAAAAUAAAAAAAAUACUUUGCCUGCAGCUUUUUAAAAUAGACAUUUGGGAAGAAAAGUAAUUAAAGUAGAAGUAACCCUUUGUUACACUCCCCCCACAGUCACCCUGACUUUUUAGUGUUAAGCUUGAGUUUGUAUCCUGUUUUAAUUUCUUACAUUUAUAUAUCACAGUCUCCUCCAAGGAGCUUGGAAGUGGCCUAUGUUAUUCUCUUUCUUCUUGUUUUCUCCUUACAACAACCCUGUGAGAUAGGUUAGGGAGGGGGAGGGAGAGAGAGAUUGGCCAGCGGUUACGCCAUUGAGCUUCAUGGAUGAAUGGGGAUUUGAACCCUGUUCUCCCAAAGUCCUAGUCCACGACACCUAACAACCUGCACUCCCCCCCAAGCGGCUUACUAAUCCAGCCUUUCUAAACUUUGGGUCCCUGGACAUUGUUGGACUACAGCUCCCAUCAUUCCCAGCCAGCAUGGCCAUUGGUCAGGGAUGAUGGGAGUUGUAGUUAAAAACAUCUGGGGAUCCAAGGUCAUGAAAUAUAAGAUAAUGCAAAGGCUAAAGACAUCUCCACCCCCCCCUGCUGUUUUUUAAAAUUGUAGCAGUCAGAAUUUCAUGUGUUUACCUGUAAAAUUGGGUAGCAAUAAAGGGAACUAAUUGCCCAUGUAAACUGCUAAUGGGUUAGAGUUGAUUGAUGCUUUACAACUAAGGUGUGACUUGGCUGAUUUUACAGUCGCUAUGUUAAUGCUUGUACUGCAUUCCUUUGUGGCAACUUCUGGAUAGCUUAUUCUCUAAAUCGCAGGGUUCAAGGCUCCCAUUGGACAAAAGAUUCCUGCAUUUCAGGGGGCUGGAAUAGAUGACCCUCGGGGACCCUUCCAACUGUACAGUUAUUUUUUUAAAAAAAAUAAUUAUGCUUUUCAGGUUUAUACAUUUCACUAAUUUUACAAUCAUAUUAACAUUUCAGAGCUUGACUUCCUUCUCCCUCUUUCUGCGGUUCCUUAAAUUUAUUUUUAACAUAUUCUGCCUACCUAUCCAAACUAACUUAAUUUGCUCAUUUAUGUGGGGUGUAAUCCUCAAGAUUCCCACAAUUUAUUCAUCUACUUUAAAAACCUACUCUUAUUAUAAAACAGCAGGUUAUAACAAUAAUCCGGCCAAUCAUCUUAUCUGUUUACAAAUUAGCUGUAAAUAUUCAAGAAACCAUUUCCGUUCUUUUAUAUAAAAAAAAGUUAUCUUGAUUUCUUAUUCUUCCAGUAUCCAACUGUACAGUUCUACAAUUCUACGGAGGGGGUGUUGCUACAUUUCAUGUGCAAUCAAUAGGUGUUACUAUUAUAUAAAUUCACACGUUAUGGCCUUCUUAAGUUGGUUGCCUUGUUUUCCAGCUGCAGACAAGUUGCUGAACAGCAACAACAAUGAAGAGGAGGAAGAGGAGGAGGACGAUGAAGAGGAGGAGGACGAAGGGCCCGAGGAGCUGCGGCCAGGCACAUCUCAAAGCACCCCCAGGCGAGUCAAGCCCGUGGUGCGCCGCGCACCGCCCAAGCAGCCGCCACCACCACCGCCACCUCCCCCCAAGAUCAUUCCGGUGGUGAAGAAGGACAAAGCGACUCAACGAGGGCAUGCGCUGAAGAAGAGCCUGGAGAGCCGCUGCUCGGACUGCACGAGGAGCCUGCAUGCGCCGCCCCGGGGCCGCCAGCGGAGCGAGGCCAACGCGGCGCGGGAGAAGCCCUUCCAGUGCUCGGACUGCGGCAAGAGCUUCAUCUGGAGCUCCCACCUGGAGCGCCACCGCCGGAUGCACACGGGUGAGAAGCCCUUCAAGUGCCUCAACUGCGGCGAGGCCUACAGCCAGAACUUCCACCUGCUGCAGCACCGCUGCUCGCAGCUGAUCGAGAAGCCCUUCAAGUGCCCCGAGUGCGGGAAGCGCUUUGCCCAGAGCUCGGCCCUGGAGAACCACCGCAAGGGCCACACGGCCGAGAAGCCCCACAAGUGCGCCGACUGCGGCAAGUGCUUCAUCUGGGCCUCCCACCUGGAGCGGCACCGGCGGGUCCACACGGGCGAGCGGCCCUUCAAGUGCCCUGAGUGCGGGGAGACCUACAGCCAGAGUGCCCACCUGGCAAAGCACCGGCGCAACCACAUGGGCGAGCGGCCCUACAACUGCCCAGCCUGCUGGCGCAGCUACGCGCUCAUCUCGGAGCUGGAGGAGCACAAGAAGACCCACCUGGGCUGCGAGGACUGCGGCAAGGUGUACCGCAGCCGCCAGACGCUGAUGCGCCACCAGAGGGGCCACCACCGCGAGCGCACGCACCUGUGCGAGGAGUGCGGCAAGGGCUUCGUGUGGGCCUCCCACCUGGAGCGCCACCGCCGCGUCCACACGGGCGAGCGGCCCUUCCCCUGCCCCACCUGCGGGGAGAAGUUCGCCCAGAAGGUGCACCUGCUCCAGCACAACAAGACGCACUCGCACGCGCGGCCCUACAAGUGCGGCGACUGCGACAAGCGCUUUGGCGACAGCUCGGCCUUCCUGGCGCACCAGCGGGGCCACGCCAUGGAGAAGAACCACAAGUGCCAGUACUGCGGGAAGAGCUUCGCCUGGAGCUCCCACCUGGAGCGGCACCAGCGCAUCCACACGGGCGAGAAGCCCUACAAGUGCCCCGACUGCCCGGAGCACUUCAGCCAGACCUCGCAGCUCUUCAAGCACCAGCGCAGCCACCUGGGCAAGAGGCCCUACAAGUGCAGCGAGUGCGGGAGGAGCUUCGGCACCACCCUGGAGGUCAUCAUCCACCAGCGGACCCACUUCGGGACCAAGCCCUACCGCUGCUCCAACUGUGGGAAGGGGUUCACGCGGCGAGCCAACCUGCUGAAGCACCAGCGGAGCCACGCGAAGGAAAGCCCCUAAAAUAAAAUUUAAAAAAAUGGAAGAGGGGGCGCGAGAGAAGCGGGGAAGGGGGGGGGAGAGACGGGAGACGCGCGCCCUCUCCCUCACGUUACCAAACGAGUCUAGAAUCCACACAAGGAAGAGGAAUCCUUUUUGUACAUUCUGCUUAACGGGGGAAAGCUACGGCGCAGCUCUUGCGGUGACCCCGGCGGAUCUGCACGGGGUUGAGGAAUUAUUUCAGGGGUUAGGGUGGGGUGGGGGAAAGAUAGCAAUGGAAAAGAAACACGCGGCUGCAGCAUAUAAGCGAAGAGAUUGUAGACACACACACCUCGAUAGCGGGGCGGGGGGAAAAGAGGUUCUUGGAAAAGAAGGCCUAUUGAGGUGAAAACCUAGUAACCAUGUCCACUGGGGAGUUUUGAUCCUGAUUUAGAAUCCGUAUGGGUGUCUCGCUCACCUUUUUUGUUUUGACACUGUGUACGUAUAAAUAUAACCCAUGUUUUGGGAAACGAAAAGCUUUACUUGACUCUUCCUCGCCCUGUAUUGUAUCCGACUCCCCUCUCCCCGCCCCUCCAGCCCUGUUAGAAGAGCGCUGAUGGAUCAGAUCGGAGGCCAAUAUAGGAUUGUGCGUCCUGUCCUCCUAGCUGCCGUUCAGAUGCCUAUGGAAAGCCAGCAAGCAGAACCCGGGUGCAGCAAUCACUUGUGAUUUCCAGCAACUAGAGGGGUUUUUUGUGUUUUUGUUUGCCUCCGACAGUUGAGGGGGGAACAUUGCUCUCACGGCUAGUAGCUGCUGCUAGCCUUAUCUUCCAUGAAUUUGUCUAAUCCUCUCUUACAGCUGCUUCCCCCAUGGGUAACUUUGAACUCUGGAUAACAAAGCUUUAACAUGCUGAGGACUGACCUCCAGACCUUAGAUGCCUAACUGAGAAGGACUCAGACUUCACUAGAUGCUAGGGAAUCCACCUGGGUAACAGGGAGGGCCAUGAAACUUUGGUAAGCCUCUUGAAUGUGGAGGAAAAGCUUUAUUGACUUAUUCAACACAAAUAAUCUAAACAUUUUUGGGGGGUGGGUGGGUAGGGGGAGCAUGAACUAUGCCUUGAGCAGCGCUCCCACCCAAGUAGCCGGUGCAUUGGAACCUAAAUGGCCACUGAGGGUCAGAUUGCAGCAUUUAGCUAGAGAAGCUCAAAUUGGUUUUGCUUGGAUCUCGGAAUCUCUCCUGCUCAAUUUCUGCUUUCCAAAGCUGCUGAUGGCACCCUCCCGACCCAGGAAUCCCUGGAGGGUUUCGUUUCCUGAAGUCUAAAGGAAAAGCAGAGAGGAUUGAGACCCCAUUAGAAAGUGGGAGCUUAUGUGCCGCUAUUCAGCUAGAUGGUCCCCUUCUUUGAGCUCUUGUCUUUUGGGGUUCUUAAUAGUUUGGCCACAAAUGUGAAGCACGUGUGCGAAAUCUGCUCACUGAGGUAUUGGUGAGAAAGCCCAUCUCUUCAGUUUAGGGAAGAGGAUACAACAUAAGUGUGCAACUUACUGAGGGGAAGAAAACCGUAAAACACUCAAGGAGGGUUCAGCUUUGGGCCUGGAAGCAUGCUGGGGUAGUGUAUUGUUGAUGGAUAAGAUUCAGAAUAGGAGUUCAAAGGCUCAAGGUCUCUUUAUUUUUAUUUUUUUGAAGGGGCAGAGGGUAGCUGGCUGUAGGCAUCAGCCUGUCUUAAAACAUAAAAUCCAGAUUUCUAGGAGGGUGGAUCUUGGGUCCAGAAAGCCCAACAAAUAGGCAUCUUGGAGUUUUCCUAUCCUGGUUUGGCAGUAGGAUUGAUGUACACACACACAUACAUGCAAUGAUAAAGAAGUUGAGCCUUUGGGUGGUGUGAUGGAUGCAUGAGAAACUAAAGAAGCAGAAUUUAUAAUCUGGAAAAGAGGCAGAGGAGGAAUGUGGAGCUCUCAGUGGGAGAAAAGGGAAAUGUUACCUUGCCAUGCAAGGUUAACGCCUCAGAACUUACUACCGUAACACAUCAUGGCUCCACCUGCACCUUACAUUUAAAGCAGCCAUUAUUAUUAUUUUUUUAGUAUUCAUAUUUUCCUGAAAACGUUUCAAUUAUAAAGAAAGCGAUGCAAAGGAAAAAUAAUAAUUAAGACACUGCUUUAAGCAGUUGUGGCUUCCCCUCAAAGAAUCCUUGGGGUUGGUAGUUUAAGGCUGCUGAGAGUUGUGAAGAAGACUCUCCUAUUCCCCUCCCAGAACUACAAUUCCCUAGAGGGGUUUAGCAAUCUAACCCUCUUCCCGGGGAACUCUGGGAAUAGUAGCUCUCUGAGAAGAGAAGGCUUUCCUAACAACUUCCAGUGCCCUUAACAAACUACUGUUCGUAGGAUUCUUUUUGUGGGAGGCCAUGACUGUUUAAAGUGGUGUGAUACGACCUUAAACAUAUGUAGUGCAGAUGAGGCCCUAGACAGAAGUUGGGGAGAACUGAGAGCGAAAAGGCCUUGCCUCUCCGCUGUGGCGAGGACAGGCGAGCUGUUACUACUGACUGAGAGCAGCGCAUCUUUGCUCCAGGGAGGGGCGACUGUAGAUUUUGGCCACCUGCCAUGGGUACUUUGCUUGAGCUUCCUGUGCUGCAGCGGGUUGAGCUAGAUGACCCUCAGGGGUCCUUUCUGGCUCUGCAAUUCUGUGGCAAUCUCUCCUGUCACCUACCUCGGAAUCUCGCUCGGGAGGACUGACUGAAGAAGAGCCCUGUUUCUCGCACCCCAUUCUUCCUCAGCCCUGUUGGGACGGAGAGGCCUGCGAAGGAACAGAAAGCCUUGCUUGUCACGGGAGGCCUUUGCGCUGCAACAAGAGACACACCCCAAAGAGGCAUGGCGCCACAACACCCUCUUAACCAUGCAAGUGGGUGGACGGAUGAGGCCUGGACUCUGGAUUUCCCUCUGCUUCUGCCUCCGGCUUAACCUCCCCCCCGUUGUUCUGCCCCUUCUUCCAAGCUUUAUUUACUUUAUUGCAUUUGGGGCGGGGGGCAAGGGGAGUCUGUUUGCCUCAAUGUACUUCUGUUUAUUUUUCUCCCCCCCCUUUUUUUGUUCUCAUCCAAAGCAAGCGUCUCUUAUGUUUUAGGGUCCUGUCCCCUCGACUGACUUAUUAAAAGGGGGAGUUUCUAAGCUCUGACUUCUUUGUUGUUGGUUAGGAGUAAUAAAGAUUGAAAACGUAGCUCACGCAAGUGUG